UCCCCUAAAUCUGUAACUAAGUUUUCCCCUAAGUUUUCUGGGAAGAAAAAUGACGAACAAGCUCAAAGUGGUGGAGCUACGCGCCGAACUCGCCAAGCGCGGCCUCGACGCCGCCGGAACCAAGCCCCUUCUGGUCCGGAGGCUUGAGGAGGCUGUGCUUAAGGAAAACCAGAAACCUGUGGUCGAUAAUGUGAAUGGUGCUGAUGCUGAUACUAGCAGGAAGAGAAGGAAGGAGUCUAAUGAUGAAGAUUCGAACAAGGUCAAGCCUGUGGGAGAUAAUGUCAAUGGCUUCAGUGCUUCUGAUGGUGAUAACAACGAGAAGAGAGAAAGGGGGUCCGAUGAUGGAGACUUGAACAAAAUUGAAGCAGUUGAGAAGUUUCGGCAAAUGAGCCUUAAGCAAUUACGUGAGCAAGCCAGUCUUUUGGGGAUUCCUGCAACUGGCACCAAGAAAGAACUUCUAGAGAGGCUUUGUAAAGAUGCAGAGAUGGGUUCAGAUUAUGUUAAUGAAAAAGAGGAUGACAGUAAGGGCGGAAGAGUUGUCACAGCCAUCAAGAAGGCUUCAGUGGUUCUGGAUCAGGGGCUUCCUGAUGAUAUAAAGGCAAAAUACCAUGUUCUGCAACAGGGUGAUGAUGCCUAUGAUGCCAUGUUAAACCAAACAAACAUUGGAGAUAAUAAUAACAAGUUCUAUGUGAUCCAACUCCUAGAUCCUCUAUAUUUUCAAUACCAACAACUUCAGUGUGAACUGAGACCACUUGAAGAUGAUUCUGAGGAAUUUGCCAUGAUUGCAAAGUAUAUGAAGAACACUCAUGCCAAGACACAUUCAGGUUAUAGUGUUGAUAUUGUUCAAAUAUUCAAGGUGGCAAGAGAGGGCGAAGUUGAAUGCUUCAAAAAGUUCUCCACUACAAAAAACAGAAUGCUACUUGAUGCUAACAAGCUACCAGAUGGCAAGCUGAGCACUAAAGGCGUCGGUGCAACUGAACCUGAUCCCUCAGAAGCCAAAACUCUUGACGAUGGUGUUAUAGUUCCCCUAGGAAAGUCAAAGGAGCAACAACGCCAAGGUACUUUACUCUACAACGAGUACAUAGUUUACAACGUGGAACAAAUCCGAAUGCGCUACUUGGUUCAAGUGAAUUUCAGCUAUCCACGGUAUCCAUAAGACUAGUUUUAAAAUUGUCCCAGGGCCAUUUUGAAGUGCUUAACAGAAGGAAUUUUGUAAGUAAAAAUGUGUAAAACAAGGGAAUUAAAAGCAUAUUUAUAAUAAAGCUCAAGCAGACAU